GGCUCCGGGGUUAUUUCCUGGGUUAAAGGUCAGGUCAGGGAGUGAAUGUGCGCAUCAGGAGUUGGGCCCAGUGUACGGUGACAUCAAAUCCCUUUCCCCGGGCAGGCAGGCGGGCGGGUAGCAGCAUGUCAGCGGAUGCGGAGAACAUGCCGAAGGAGGCCGGCUCGGGCAGUGCCGGGCUCGGGGAGGAUGAAGAGCACUGGCUGUACGGAGAUGAAAACGACCCAAACAAACAGGAAGAGGCCGCGCCGGUUGACAGUGUCGAUGCACCUGCUCCAGACUCGAUGGAAGAAACUCGGGGGAAUGGAGUGAUGAGAGCGAAUCCUGCAGCUGAAGGGGAGGAUGAAAGUGACAGUGAUAGUGAUGACGAUGAUGAUGACGUUCAAGUAACCAUUGGUGAUAUUAAAACUGGAGCACCACAGUAUACCUAUGGAGUAACACCUGUAAAUCUCAAUAUUAAGUCCUCAGGAAGACUUUAUGGGUCAGGGACAAAAGCUGGAAAGGGUGUUGACCUUGAUGCCCCUGGUGACAUCAAUGGAAUGCCAGCUUUGGAAAUAGACUUGGAUUCUUUUGAAGAUAAGCCUUGGAGGAAACCAGGUGCUGAUCUUUCUGAUUACUUCAAUUAUGGGUUCAAUGAGGAGACUUGGAAAGCUUAUUGUGAGAAACAGAAGCGACUGAGAAUGGGUCUUGAACCCCUUCCUCUUGCCUCAGCUACAAACAGAAUUACAGUACAACAGGGCAGAACUGGAAAUCCUGAGAAAGAACCAGAGGUGCCACCCCCUAAGAUGGAUUUCCCUUCUCCACCAAAUCGUUUCCGAGCAGGACCACCACCCAACAGGUCAGAAUUUAAGCAAAGAAGGUUGUCUGGGUCCAUAGAGGUAAUUGGAGGUCAGUUAAUUACCAUUGCUCGUGUGGAGGGCCGACGUCGAGACAGGGGUGGAGCAGAUGAAAAUGCCAUUCAGGUUCUUGGAGACCAUCCAGCAUCCGAAUUUAAUAACAAUACCUCUUCAAAACGUCCUCCGUUUCUACCUCCAGGAGCACCUCCACCUCAUCUGACUGGGCCACCUCCUCCAUUCUUGCCACCACCACCUCCUGUCAAUACUGGGCCUCCAAUUCUUCAUCCACCAGGAAUGCCUUUAACGACACCACCACCAGGCUUCCUGCCUCCACCUGGAGCUCCACCACCUUCACUUGUGCCAUUAGAAAGUGGACCUCCAACAUACAACAACCGUACUACUGCUGCAUUUGGUUAUGCAAGCAAUGAUUAUGCUAAUCUGACGUAUCCCAAUAUCCCAGUUUCAUCUUCCUGGAGUACUUUAAUUGAUAACAACAACAAGCAACCAUCACAGCAACAGCAAUCGCAUUGGGAUUAUUACCCACGGAGAGAGAGGGACAGGGAUCGUGAUCGGGAACGAGAGCGCACAAGGGAGAGAGAACGAGAUCGGGACAGAGAACGGGACCAUGACCGAGAGCGUGACCGCAGUCCGAGUUCAAGUGUUUAUAAUGGUGAUGAAGGUCGAUAUAGGCACAGAGAUUAUUCAUCUGAUAAAAGCUAUGAUCGUGAUUACCAUCAUCGGGACAAGGUCAGCAGGGAUAAAGAGGAUCGGCAUAAAGAGCGCCGACACCGGGACAAAGAAGAAGGGAGACACAAAUCUUCCCGAAGCAGCAGCAGACGGCGCCAUGAUAGUGAAGAGGUGGAUGGCCAUAAACGACACAAACACAAGAAAUCUAAACGAAGCAAGGAAGAUAAAGAAGCCAGUGAAGAAAUUUCCCAGGAACCAGAGCCCAGUGAGGCUGCUAGCAGUAAUUAAAUCUCUGUUUUCUUACCUAUUGGUUAUAAUGCUGAGAUUGGAAUGGAAAAUAUUGGAAAUGCUUGAAAUUCGUUCAGGUAAUGGUGAUCUACUAAAUAGAAUUUCUGCAGAAGUCAGAAAUUCAUAAUUAUUUCAAAGGACUGUUGAAGUGUUGGUGCUUUUUAGCAUCUACUAUGUUAUUAAAACAUAAUUACAAUGCUUGUAUUAGUUUAUUGAAGAUUAAUAAAAUUUGUUUUUUUUGUUUAAAAGCUGGUCAUUGUACUUUUAACAACUGUAAAUAGGAGACUUAGUAUUCCUGAAGAUUCUACACGGGACACUUCUAUUUUACAGUACCAGUCAUUAAGUAUACUUGUUAUUUGUCCUUGCCGGAUUCUUAUUUUCUCCAGACAUAUUUGUGUGGGGUCUGUAUCCACCCAUAAUAGUAAUUUUUUUUAUUUCAUGCAAGCUGAUUAAGUAAAUAUAAAGGUAUUGCAUUUCCUGUUUUUGGGCACACUUCUUUUACCUCCAUUAGUUCAGUAUGUAUCUGAAAUCUCUCUGACUUAAUGUAUGUAUUGCACCUGUUCUGUUCAACUGAGGAGUCAGUACUAAAUAAGCAUCAAUGAAUAUCUGAACUUGUUUCCUGAAAGUACAAGUUGAUUAUGGCCACCAUAUUUGCAGCACAGGUACUUCAGAUAUUUCAAAAAAGUUAAUUAAGAUGUGGUACGAUUUACUCAAGCUAUUCUUUCAACGUUUUUUUGUAGUUAAGAAACAUACUCAUUAUUAGUCAUUGACAUCUGAUUUUACUGAAAGUUUGCUAUAACAUUUGAAGUAUCAGUUUAAGAAAAUCCAUUCACCAAAACUUGUGUAUAUUUCAAUCCCGUUUCAACUCAAUUAAAAUUGGAUGAACAAGA